UUCGAAUUAGUUAAACUUAAUUACGACCACCAUUAUUCCUUAAUCAUUUUUACGUCAUUAGAAAGCUUGAUCAUGAGGGAAGAGCGGCGUCUUCCUCACAAACGCGAUGGCCUCCAAUUCUUGAAAACCAAGACGGCGUACGUUAUCUUCGUAGUGCUAACCUAUGCCUUUGGUUACUUCUCCGCUUACUACUAUCUUCAACCGCCUUCACCGGCAACGACGGCGUUAAGGACAUCCGACGAUACGACUAAAACUCACGACUGCUCAAUUGACAACUUCCGGAUAACGACUCGCUGCGGCGAUCUUCUUCCGCCUGAACUCAUCCGGCGAACAGUUAUCGACAGGAUCUUCAACGGUACUUCUCCGUACACCGAUUUCCCGCCACCACACGCCGGCAAAUUCCUCCGGCGAAAAAGAAUCAAAGGCUGGGGAUCGUACGGACUCGUCUUCGAGAAUCUAAUCCGCCGGGUCAAACCUCGGACGAUCGUCGAAAUCGGGACUUUUCUUGGCGCGUCGGCGAUUCACAUGGCGAACCUCACGCGCCGCCUCGGGCUCGAGGAGACUCAGAUUCUCUGCGUCGACGAUUUCCGUGGCUGGCCUGGUUUUCGAGAUCGGUUUAAGGACGUAGCUUUGGUCAACGGCGACGUUUUGCUCAUGUACCAGUUUAUGCAAAACGUGGUCAGCUCCGGAUUUUCCGGUUCGAUUUUGCCGGUUCCAUUCUCGACCGGUUCGGGUUUGGAGAAGCUGUGCGAGUGGGGCGUGACGGCUGAUCUGGUGGAGAUAGACGCGGGUCACGAUUUCAAUUCGGCAUGGGCUGAUAUAAAUCGAGCGGUUCGGAUACUCCGACCCGGCGGAGUUUUAUUCGGUCACGAUUAUUUCACGGCGGCGGAUAAUAGAGGAGUGAGAAGGGCAGUGAAUUUGUUCGCAGAGAUCAACCGGUUAAAAGUCAAAACCGAUGGUCAACAUUGGGUUAUCGAUUCUAUUAAUUUAAUCUGAUAUCCCCUUUUUCUUUUUCUAUACAGCAAAAAAAAAGCAGAAUUAGAAUUUCCAUGUAGUAUACUACAAGUCUACUACUACUCAUUUAAUAAACAAGU